AUGGUCAAGAAUCUCGCACUCAUUGCCUUGCUGGCAUCACUUUCUCUGGCAGCUCCAACAGUCCGUGUUCUCGAUACCAGAAGCCCUGAGGCCCUGAAUAUUGGCCUUGGACUCGACAUCGAUUUAAACCUAUCAGUUUCUGCAUCUGUAGGGUUCAACGCCAAUAUUGCUGUUGCACUCGAAGCCUGCAUCGCCGGUGUCGCAUCAGGCGUAAUUGACGUGGAUGCAAAGCUCGCCUUACUGGCAUGGAUUCAAGAUGGCGGUUCUCGCUUUUUCAACCCAUCAGUGUGCAAGGAGAUCAUCUCAUGGUGCAAUGGCGACUCUCAUUACCAGCUCCCUGCCCCAGUAAGCACUGCCCUCACUGUCGCUCUUGAAGUAGAUGUCGCUAUCUCUGCUACCGGAGGCUAUAUGCCAUACUUCAACAGCUACAUCCAAAAGUCCCACAAGGACGAGUGUGCAUGCUCAGUUAUUCCUGCGUCUCCUCAAGCAUCACUCCUCGAAUUCCUCCACGGCUCUGUUGGCGCAGCUUUGGAUAUUGAAAUCCAAGCUGCCCUUCAACUCUGUGCUUCAGGCGGUAUCGCAGCAACCCUAAGUGCUUCAUCCCACGCAUCCCUGUUGGCAUGGCUUGAAAUCUCCGUCUGUCCACUAGAGGUCGAACUAGUUGCUCUAGUGAGAGCAUGGCUCUCCAUCGGCACAGGCAUCACUCUCCCAUCUGCACCAUCUCACCCUGACCCCAGCACCAGCUACGUCCUUGAUCACCAAACGCAACUCGAGCUCUUGGCCUGGAUCGAAACGUCAGUUUUCGCUAGCCUCGACGUUUCCAUCCAAGCAUCCCUCUAUGUCUGCGUAUCAGGCGGUGUCUCUGCUGCCCUGGAUGUCACUGCCCUUGCUGCCCUUACCACAUACGUUUCCGGUCCCAACUGCGAACUCCCAGCAACCCUCCAAGCAAGCAUCGAACUCUGGCUUAGUGCCUAUGCCGGUGUUGGUCUUGAAGUUGGUACCGCCAUCGACGCAUACGCAUAUGUCAAUGCAGGUGUCGACAUCGAAGCCGAAGUUGAUAUCUCCGGCCACCUGUCAACUGCCUCCAGCUCUAACGUCUCCUCCUUCUGCUCCAGCCACGGCGAAGGUCUGCCAACCCAUGUGCUAGACUGCCUCAACCACGCCUCCCAAGGUGGCCUGGCUAUCGAUCUCGAAAUCGAAGCCGCAAUUGCCCUAGCAACUUUCCUCGCUGAUGAGUCCUGCCCACUUGAGGCGACCGUCCGCGCUACUCUCCUCGUUUGGCUCUCAAUCGGUGGCUUGAAGGGUGUUACGCUCGGUGCUGAUGUAAUUGCUGUAAUCAAAGCCGCUGUGGAUGCCGGGUUGGCCGCUGAAUUGAGCUCUGUCGUCAGAGGUGCAUUGGGCCUUGCGGUCAACGGACAAGUAGCUGCAGUUCUAAGUGUUGCUGCCAGAGCUGAGGUGGCAGCAUUCUUACUGGUUGAUGUUAAGAUUGGAGCUGUUCUGGACGUUGAUGUUGUGGCAAGCGUUUGCGGAUGGCUUUCUGGAGUUGGUAUUUCUCAUUAA